AUGGCUGAAGAGAGAAUCAUUACAAUGAUGAUAAUCCUCAGCACUGUGAUCCUGAUCAGUCUGGUUGGGAACCUCCUGGUUGUUGGGAUCAGUGUAUUCUAUAUAAGACUUCAAUCACUGACCGUCAUCUUCAUACUCAACUUGGCUCUGUCAGACCUGCUGUCCACUGUUGGACUGAUUUUCUCUUUCUGUGAAAACAUCUGGAAUUUGCCUUUUGGAGACGCAGCAUGCAGAGUUGCCAGCUUUUUUCACUCCACUGGAUUUUACAGCAGCAUCAUCUUCCUGGCACUGAUGAGCUUUCAGCAUUACAUGGCCAUCGUGGAUCCUCUGUCAGUCUGGAAGAAAGGACGUGGCUUCACAACCAUUCUUAUCUGUGUGUGGGUGCUGAGCUUCUUGGCAGCAUUGCCAGCUAUAGAGCAAAGUGUAGCACUAGACAUCUGCAUGUACAACAGCAGCACAGCUGUAUUAGUUGCUAUUACUUAUAGAGAGAACAUUGUUUUUGUGUGCGCCUUUUUGUUUAACGGUUUUUGCUACAUCAGGAUCCUGCAAACCAUCCUCAAGUCCCCAACAAACCAGAAUCAGAGACACAGAACUACUGGACUUACCUUCCUUCUGGUGGCUUCGUUCUUUAUUUGUUGGGCUCCUUAUAACAUAAUGAAAUUUCUGUACACCUUAAUUUAUUAUCAGAUCUGGUCUUUGAACUUAGACCAUUUCUUUAAUGCCUACUACAUCUGCCGUCUUCUGGCUUUUAGCCACUGCUGCCUCAAUCCAGUGAUCUAUGGUUUAUCUGAUCUAAAAUUUCAUGAGACAGAGAGGGAGAUUUUGCAAAGACGAGCUACUUUCAAUUCUGCAGGAAUAGAAACUCAAGAACAUCUUUCCAGCAGUUCCUAA